AUAAUGCUAGUUCAGAAUAUCUUUUUAUAAUUGAGUUUUUUGCAAAAGAUGAUAAACCCAAUGCCGACUGGGCAAAGGAUAUUUUUGCGGAAAUAUUUGAAACUACUAUCAACAUGGGUUUGAGCUCAACAAAACAAUAUGUUGAGAAUACUUAUGAUGCUGUCGGUGUGCUUCUGUGCAUUCGACUAAACACACAAUUUGCUCUGGAAUUACAACGAAGGAGGGUACCGGCUCUUGAAAGUUACACGAAUCAGACAAACAUGCUGCUAUGGCCAAGAUUUCAGGCAAUUAUGGAUAUGCACAUUGAAAGCGUCAAGAAGGCUGGAGAUAAAUUUACAGUUAAAGACAUUCACCCACAUUAUAUAUCACGCAGAUUUGGCGAAUUUGCAGCUUCAAUAUUGACCCUUAAUGAAGAUUACAAUGACCCCAUAUUGUCCAACAGCUUGUUGAGGUUAAGGAACGAAUUAGAAUUUUUGCUUGAAAAUAUGUCAAAAUCUUUCGACGAUCGCAAGAGCAAACUGAUAUUUCUCAUUAACAACUAUGACCUGAUAACAACAAUUCUGAAUGAAACUGGAAGAAAAUCUGUAGAGGCUGAAGUAAAUCAUUUUAAGGAACUCUUAAACGGCAAGAUACAUGGGUAUGUAGAAGAAGAACUACAACCCCAUUUCGGAAGCUUAAUUUAUUUUAUAAGAAUGUCCGAUCAAGGAAAAGAUAUUUCGGCUAUAGAUUCAGAAUUUUUUGAUAAAGUAUCUGCAGACUUUGCGUCAACCUGGCGUCAAUCACUAACAUCUAUCAACACCUCAGUAAUUCAACACUUUUCAAAUUUCAAGAAUGGAACUACAAUUUUACAUGCAGUUUUGGGACAACUAAUAAUUUAUUACACAAGGUUUUGUAACGUUCUGGAAGAAAGGAUAAAUGAUGGUACGGUGAAAAUUAAGAAUCAACCCGUGGGAGUGCAGAAUGUCAUGGUCGAGAUUAAGAAGUUUAGGAGUAAUUUUUAA